CUAUUGAAAAAAACCUUUAAACAGCAAAACCAAUGGUUUUAGUUAAUGUUCAUUCAGAUGGACAACCAAUUAUCAUCAACAAAGACAUGUUAACUUGGUACCUGCUCAGCCUCAAGCUCCGCCAAAAAUUCCAAACCAAAAACCAACACUCGGAACCGGUUCAAGAUCAGAAUCUCCACGGUUUACCCGAGAUUCCGGCUCAAGAACAAAACUUGCCGAACCACAAACAGACUCAUUCCGAGUCCGGUAAGGAGGUGGUAGAAGAGAGGCCAGGAAAUACCACAGGAGAAGACAGUUGGGUGAUCUCAAUAAGAGACAAGCUCGAGCAAGCACAUAGAGACGACGACACAGCAAUUUGGGGAAAGCUCUGCAUCUACAGAGUUCCACAUUACCUUCAAGAAAACGACAAGAAGUCGUAUUUCCCUCAGACCGUUUCGCUUGGUCCGUACCACCAUGGUAAAAAGCGUCUCCGGCCUAUGGAGCGCCACAAGUGGCGUGCGGUCAAUAAGGUCCUGAAACGUUUAAAGCAGCGCAUAGAAAUGUAUACUAAUGCCAUGAGAGAGCUUGAAGAGAAGGCUCGUGCUUGCUACGAAGGUCCCAUUAGUGUGAGCAGUAAUGAAUUCACAGAAAUGCUUGUUCUUGAUGGAUGUUUUGUCCUUGAACUCUUCAGAGGAACCGUCGAAGGAUUUACCUCUGUUAAGUUCUUUGACCCGCUAAUGCCAACGGGAGAGGCGUUAACCAAACCGGACCAGGCAAAGCUCAUGAACUGGCUGGAAAAAUCCUUGGACACACUUGGUGAUAAGGGCGAGUUGCACUGUUUGGAUGUUUUCCGUCGAAGUCUACUCCAGUCUAGUCCUACACCGAAUACAAGAUCUCUACUAAAGAGAUUAACUAGAAAUACGCGAGUGGUGGACAAGCGGCAACAACAACUGGUACAUUGCGUGACGGAACUAAGGGAAGCUGGUGUGAAGUUCAGGAAAAGGAAAACCGACCGGUUUUGGGAUAUUGAAUUCAAAAAUGGUUAUCUAGAAAUACCCAAACUAUUAAUCCAUGAUGGUACUAAGUCUCUCUUCUCAAAUCUUAUAGCUUUUGAGCAGUGCCAUAUCGAGUCGAGCAACCACAUAACAUCCUACAUAAUUUUCAGGGAUAAUCUAAUAAACUCUUCUGAAGAUGUUAGCUACUUGCAUUAUUGUGGUAUCAUUGAGCAUUGGCUUGGUAGUGAUUCUGAAGUUGCGGAUUUGUUCAACCGGCUAUGUCAAGAAGUUGUUUUCGAUCCCAAAGAUAGUCAUCUAUCUCGACUGUCUGGUGAUGUAAACCGUUAUUACAAUCGUAAAUGGAAUGUUUUGAAGGCUACCUUAACGCACAAACGUGAUCUAGGCCAAAACUUGCACAACCACAAAGAGACUUACGCGGAGCCCGGUAAGAUCGAAGUAAAAGAAGAGAAGCCAAGAGAGACACGAGAAGAAUGGGUGAUCUCGAUCAAGGACAAGAUGGAGCAAGCACUUAGAUACGAUGCAACAAAUAGCUGGGACAAGCUCUGUAUCUACAGAGUUCCAUUUUAUCUUCAAGAGAACGACAAGAAGUCUUACUUGCCUCAAACUGUCUCUAUUGGUCCAUACCACCAUGGCAAGGAACAUCUCCUUCCCAUGGAGCGCCACAAGUGGCGGGCCGUCAAUAUGGUCAUGGCACGUACCAAGCACAACAUUGAAAUGUAUAUUGACGCCAUGAAAGAGCUGGAGGAGGAGGCUCGUGCUUGCUACCAAGGUCCCAUUGAUAUGAAGAAUAGUAAUGAAUUCACAGAAAUGCUUGUUCUUGAUGCCUGUUUCAUUCUCGAGCUCUUCAAGGGAACAGCUCAAGGAUUCCAAAAAAUCGGAUAUGCACCCAACGACCCGGUUUUCGCUAAGCGAGGAUUGUUGCAUUCGAUUCAACGUGACAUGAUAAUGCUGGAAAACCAACUUCCUCUGUUCGUUCUCGACCGGUUAUUAGGACUACAUCCCGAUACACCGAACCAAACCGGUAUAGUGGCAGAUGUAGCUGUUCGGUUCUUCAAAACACUAAUGCCAACGAGCAAGGCGCUGACCAAAUCAAAAAGCCCGUUGGACUCGCAGGAAAAAUCCGAUGAACUGGCUGACAAUGGCGGGUUGCACUGUUUGGAUGUGUUCCAUCGAAGUCUCAUCCAAUCUAGUGAGACAACGAAUCCGGGGACUCCAUAUGAGGAUAUGAGCAUGGUGGACAAGCAACAACAACUUAUACAUUGCGUGACAGAACUAAGAGACGCUGGUGUUAAAUUUAUGAGAAAAGAAACUGGCCAGCUUUGGGAUAUUGAAUUCAAAAACGGUUAUCUAAAGAUACCCAAACUACUAAUCCAUGAUGGUACCAAGUCUUUAUUCUCAAAUCUUAUAGCUUUCGAGCAGUGCCAUACACAGUCAAGCAACAACAUAACAUCCUACAUAAUCUUCAUGGAUAAUCUAAUAAACUCUUCUCAAGAUGUUAGCUACUUGCACCAUGACGGUAUCAUUGAGCAUUGGCUAGGGAGUGAUUCUGAAGUUGCAGAUUUGUUCAACCGGUUAUGUAAAGAAGUGAUCUUUGACCCAAAAGAUGGUUAUCUAUCUCAACUGUCUGGCGAAGUUAACCGUUAUUAUAGUCGUAAGUGGAACUCUUUGAAGGCUACUCUAAGACAAAAGUACUUCAAUAACCCUUGGGCAUAUUUCUCCUUUUCAGCUGCAGUUAUUCUGCUAAUUCUUACAUUUUUUCAAAGCUUGUUUGCUGUCUAUGCUUAUUAUAAGCCACUUUCUUAACUUUCAUUUUGUUAUUUUCAUUUUUCAUUUUAUUACAAAUAUUUGUGUCUUCUUGUUUUCGUAACAUUUUGUAUUUUCUUCCAUUCAAAUAGUUAGUAUAUUGAGAACAUUUAAAAAAGUUUAAUUUUGGAC